AUGGCGACGUACGCGCAGGGCCAAAACUACAAGCCGCUGCCGCCGCAAGGGAACAAUUUUCAACAAGGUUACCCUCAAGGCUACCACCUGCAAGUUCCGCAGUACCAUCAGCAGCAGCAGCAGCAGUACCAGCAGCAGCAGCAGCAACAACAGCAACAACAGCAACAACAGCAGCUAAGCACCGAUGGCGCGCAACGCCGAGGCUCCUUCGUAGGGCUGCCACCCAUCCGCCGCGCUUCGACCUUCGGCUCUUCCCUUGGCCUCACCGCCGAGGAAUUCUUACCCACCGAGAACGACGCGGACGGCACUUCCCGCCGGCAGCGGACGCAGCAGCCGCAACAAUCGCAGCAACCGCAGCAACCGCAGCAAGCGAGCCCUCCGCCUCAAGGAACCCAGUCUCAGCCCACAAUGGCCACGCAGCAGGGAGGCCCGUUCAUGCCUGCCUCGCAACCUUCGGGCCAAUUUGUCCAGAACGUCUACCGUCCUACCCAAGGCGCCCAGAACGCUCAGGGACCAACACAUCAGGGCCAAACAUGGCAGCUGCAGGGCCAGUACCCUGGCCAGCCCCAGGGCUUCCCAGGCGGCGCCCCUGGCGUUGGUUUCCAAGGAACACCCCAGGGACCGCCGAGGGCGUUCGCGGGCCAUCCCGGGCCUGUUCCACAAGUGAUGAAUGCUUCGGCACCGCAGAUGGGGCAGGGCCAGCCAUUCGUGCCCGGCGGCGGUGGACGGCCAAUGAUGAUUCCGCCUUAUAUGCUGCCUGGGGGUCUGCUCCAGAGAUUCCAUCCUCAAGGCGGCGGCUGGAACUUGCAGGAGUCGCACCUGUCUGAGCCCCUCCAGCCCACGGGCCGUCACCGCCACUCGCCAAGCAAUGCCUCAUCGCAACAGCAGCAGCAGCAGCAGCAACAGCAGCAGCCUUUCUACGGUUUCGACAAGGAGACCGGCGUUUCGUCAGCAGGCGGCUCCCCGGUGCAGCGGCAGAAGUCACCGCCGGUCCAGCAGGCCCAGCAAGGUCAACAAACGCAACAGCUUCAGCAGCCCGCGCCUCAACAAGCUUCGGGUUUGCCCAGCCAGACAGGCAACACAGUCCCUCCGCAGCCGCGUCAGGGGAUCCCCGCGAACCAACAGGCGGCCCAACGCCCCGAUGGCGCCGCGCAACCGCGCUUCGAGUCCGACCAGAACGAUCUGGCUCGCCCCGGUGGCAUGCCCGCCGCCGACGGUGCACAGCCCAAACGCAACUCGGCCGUUUUCUCCAGUCUCCGGGGCCGUUUCACCGGCGCUCACUCCGAGGACCGCCGCGAUCCCGAGGGCGGCCCUAAGCUCCAGGUCACCAACGGUGACGCCGCCUCGGUGGCGAGCACCACCACCCAAGAGACAGGCCCGCCCGCAAGGCCCAACGCCGGGUUCGGCCCGAGAGCGGGUGAGCCCACCCCGGACAACCUGUCUUACAGCCAAAGCAAAGAGAGCAUCGUCGCGCAUGGGCCCAGCACCCCGCUCGGCGAGCGCAUGUCACCCCAACCCUCCCAAUUUGCGCUGCCAAACGGGAAGCUGAACAGGUUCUUCGGCAUCGGUGCUCACGCGAACCCCGCGCAGUCCGGCGGGGGUCAGAUCCGUCCGGAUCUGCCGAGAACGUCGACUUCAACGAAUACUACCGAGCAUAAGCAUGCCGGAAGCCUUGGUGGAUUGCCGAAGCGCUUCUCUGCUCUUAAAGAUGUAUUCCACCGCUCAUCCCCUCACGAGGGCUCAAAGAGUUCCGCGCCUUCUUUCACCGUCAGGAUGCCUUCGCAAAGCCCGGCCCAGAUGCAGACUCAAGGCCAAUAUCAAGGGCAGCCCUUGGGGGCACCUCAGGGCCCGACUCCGCAGACUGGUCCUAGCCCGCAGCCUGGUCCUAGCCCGCAGACCGGUCCUAGCCCGCAGUCAUCCCCCCCGCCGAGCACUCGGCCAACGGAGCCUGACCUUCAGGCGAACCCAAGCAGCACUCCGCCGAUCGCUCCCGGCCCGCAGCAAAGCUCGCCCGCGGCACAGGCCGUGGCUGGACCAGAGCGGGCCGCUCCUGUCACUGGACUCAGGCAGCCUGGGUACGGCCUCCCGCCCAUGCCCUCCCCGCAGGGACCUGUUCCGAAUCAAACCCCAACUCGGAAGCCCACCGGGGGGAUCCUCGGCUUUUUGAGGGUUCGAUCCAACUCCAAGUCUCAGGAGACGCCCCAACUGCAAGGCCAGCCUGUCGGUCCGGGGCAGCCUCUGGCUUUCCCUUCUGGACAGGGCCAAUUCCAAGGUCAGCAAUUCGGUAUGCAGGUACCUGUGGGCCCCAACGGACAACCGGCCCCAGGCGCAGGCCAGCAAGCCCGUCCCGGCCAGUUUCCUUCGCAACCGCAGUUUAGCCAAUCGGGCCCUCCAGGCACCGCUGGCUCCCUGCCACCGCAGGGUCAGCCGUUUGCGCAACGGCUGAUGAUGGGGAUCGCCCCGCAACCCGGCUUCCCUCAAGGCCAAGCGCCUGGCGUCCAGCUGACUAGCGAGCCGUCGACAUUCCCACCGCAGUCAACCCAGCCAACCCAGCCAACCCAGGCCACCAUUCAACCCCAAUCCGAACGCAUGCCCGCCCCGGGUCAACAACAAGCACCUGCUGCCAUGUUUCAGCCUUCCCAGAGCCAGUCAACGCCUCAGCAAGGAUUGGCCAAGCCCGUCGAGCCAACGCCUGCCGCCUCCGUCGUUGAGUCCCCGAUCUCGCAGCACUCGCAGCCCGUGACACAAGUUCCUGCCGAGCAGUCUCGGCUCCUAACUGAGUCGCCAGCCAGCCUGAGGCAGCCUUUCGCCGCGCCGCAGGCUGGCCCGAACCAGCUCCGUCAAGCAACCCCCGGUUCUCAGACUGUCAGCCCAGCUCCUGCCGCCCAGGCUGUUUUCGGUAAGCCCGUCCAGCCGUCUUCAGAUCCAUCCGCGCCCCAGGGCACGGAGUCUGCCGAUGACGAUCAGAUUCAACGGCCUGUAUCUCCCGCGUCCCAAGUUCAACCCCCCCUGUCCAGCAUCCCCGGCGAGGAGCUUGAGAGAAUCAGUGCAGCCCAGCAGCAAACUACCGGUGCCCAAUCUCAAAACUCGGGAUCCGUGCCGCCGGCCGCGUUCCCGGGGGAUGGGCCUUCCCCGUCUGUUCGUAUCCCCGCUUCUAUCCCCGGGGAAUCAGCUCAAGCCUCUGGCCCGACGCAGCAGCCCCCAUCUAGCCAGCAAUCCAACCAACCCAGCAUCCGCUCUCCGACUGGCCAACAAGGGGCGCCGAUGCCACCUGGUCAGGCCUACCCGCCUGGCCAGCCGCCUUGGAUGGCUGGCGCUGUCCCACCCCACCUUCAACAGCAGUUUGGACCUGCCAGCGCCCGCCCGAAUGCUGCCGCCUUGAACGUCCCGCCGAAGGAGAAGGAGCAAAGCACGCUCUCCAGGCUGUUCAAGGGUAGCAAGGCGCCGAGCUCGGCAGCGCCUGCGCCGAAACCGGACAAGGAAAAGAACGCGAAGUCGUCGCUCAUGAGCGCGUUCAAGCGCACGCCCAAACAGGCCGAUGCGCAGCCGCCGUCCGCUCAGAUGCCCUUCGGCCAGCCACCCCAAGGACAACCGUUCGCAGGACCACAGCAGUUCGUCGCGGGACCUCAGCCCCCGCAACAGCAGGCGCCGGGACCGCAAGCGGUUCCAGGCACGACGGCCCAGAGGCCAGGUCCUCAGCAAUUCGGUCCCGCUGCCGCCCAGGGCCAGUCACAGACGCAAGGGCGGCCCGGGCCCACCGUUCCAAUCAACGGGCAGCCCCAGGUGCCACCGCAACCGCAGGCCCCGCCCCAAGUCCGCCCGCCUGCGCCGGAGCCGCAGUACGACCGGGUCCCGAUCCCUGCAGGGUACGGAUACGUGCACGGCGAAGGACGAGUGGCACCGGCCCCUGCUCCGUUCUACGUCGGCCCGCCGCAAACUGGGCCUGUGUAUGGUCUGCCCGCCGGACAAGUACUCCUCCCCGGCUUCGCUCCGCAACCGUGGGCUCAGCCGGGCGUGUUAGUACCGCAAGCUCCACUCGUAGCUGCCUCCGCUCAACAGGUGAUGCCUCAGCAAGCCCACGGACCCCAGGUUCCCUCGGUGCCCCAGGCGGCCAUAGCUCCCCAAGCGCAAGCCCCGCCUCAACUCCUGGCUCAGGGCCUGGCUCCCCAACCUCCAGCGAAUGCCACCGCUCAAGAACAUCGUCAAGACACCCCAAGUACAGAGCCGACACGCCAGCAGAGCCCCAGCCAACCACCGGUUCAGACAGCGCAGCCAGCUCAAUCGGUGGCGGGUACGGCGGCCGCACAAGCACGCGAGGCGUCGGAUCAACCGUCUGUUCAAGCUCCCUCGAUACAGGUAUCCCACUCUAACGGGUUACCUGAUGGACAACAAGGGCAGCCCCGCCCGGAACCGAUUCGUGAGUACGGCCAAGGCAAUCCGCCGCACCAGGUUCAGUCUGCGGCUCCUCCGCAGUCGUCCGGCCCGCCUCUCCCACCACUCGCGCAGGGCGCGAGUCAGGCGCAGCAUGCCCGGACUGUGAGUGAGGACGGUAUUGCAUCACUCCCGUCUCAGCGACCGGGGCGGAUUCAGUAUCCAGGCCCAGAUGCUGCCAACCCCGCGGCGAAUGCCAACCUUGCUGGUCGGCCGCCCAACGCGUCGCCGAGCCCGCAGCCCGCGGCAGGGUGGACAGCCAGCUCCGCGGCUACCGUGCAAGGAAAUGCGGACAUGGGUCGCGAUUCGAGAGCCGCCAGCCCCACGCAGUCGUCUCAGGCCGCUGCAUCCCCGGUGAACCGGCUGACGACGCCGACCCGGCGUGUCGCCGAGGACAACAUCUACGACGCGACACCGCGUCAGUCGCAGUUCCCUGCGCAGCAGCAGCCGCAGCAGCAGCCGCAGCAGCAGCCGCAGCAGCCGCAGUCACAGCCCAGCGGCAUCGUCAACCGCUCUCCGCCCGCCCCUCAACCGCAGCAGCAAGCCCAACAUCAGCAUCCCAACAUACCCAACACUGCCACCAUUGUCAUCAACGGCGGCGUCGAGCCCAAGUCUGCCGGUCUCUCGCACGAGGUCUCGCGGUCCAAGCCAGCCGCUGUCCCAGCAGCUGCCCCAGCAGCAGCAGCAGCAGCAGCAGCAGCACCUCCUGCGACCCCACCGGCCGAGCACGCAGCAGCCGACCCGGACGCCCCUGACGGCUCGCACGACGACCUCGAGUCCGACUCAGACGACAUGGAGUCGCCCAUCAUCCAGUCGGCGACCAUCGCGACAGUGCAGCAGGCCAGCCCGACGACAGGCAGCCCCGUCGCCUCAUCGGGGACGGCGCAGAACGGCGGCAGCGGCACCGCGGCCGCGGCCGCGGCCGUCGCCAAGGACAGCGUCGCCAUCUUCGAGCGCGCCAAGCGCAAGGCCGAGCAGCAGCGCGAGGCCGAGCGCCGCCUCGUGCUCGAGGAGAAGAUCCCUGUCGUCUCGAGCGACGAGCUUGACGGUGGCGGCGGUCCUGCCGGGCGGAGGAGGGAUGAUGAUGUCCCGCUUAUGAGCGCCACGAGUUACCCUGGUCAGGAGUGGAAUCCGUACGGGGAGGGAGGGUUUGAGGCGUGGGAUGAUUGA